CGUGAUAUCCAUAGCUAUGGUGUGGGGAGAUGGCUUUUGGAGCUGACCUUCAGGAGUAGUACGGAAGACACCUGGGCAGCACGGAAGGCAUCAGGGCCAUGUUAGAGUAUCUUCUGGGGGAUACUAGGUGCUAUGGAGGAGAGAAUUCGCUGCUGUAAGGCUUCUUCAAGUGGUUCCUAUCAGAAGACUUGGAGCUCCUGCUGUGCCUCGUCAUUUGCACGGUUUGACGGCGGUUUGGGUAACCUCGUUACAAAGCCUUCCCUCGACGUCGUCCUUAGGAAUUGUCCCAGCUUGAGUUUUUGCAAGCGUCAGUUAUUUAUCGUCCGACAUAGGAGUUAGGUUUUUUUGAGUUGUUAGUGUGGUUGAUUUGAGUGUUGAAUAGUCUGUUGAUGAUGGCCACUAAGGAAGGAGAAAGUGCGGGCCGGACUCCGCUGAAUGGGGAAGAAAAGCAAAGAAUUAAAGGAAUGCUGGAAGACUGCUAUGCAAAAGGGAUUCUUCCGGAGGACCUAGUCCCACACGCGGUAGAGUCUGGUCCUGACCACGUACGCGUAGUGGUCAACAAAGAAAUCUUUGAAAUCCAGGCAAGUUGGUUACGUCAGCAUGCGGUCUCAAUCCGCUUUGGGGAUGAUCUAACAACAGUACCAGUUAAGGUUAAAAAUAAACUGGUCAGAAUCUACGAAGAUGGGUGGGCCAAAGCUGGGGUUCCGAAUGUUCCUCCAAAGAGGGGGGUGUUCAAACACGAAGGUCGCAAUCUGGUGACAUAUAUUGCGAGCUCACAGGAGAUUGCGACCUGGAUGUUGAGAAAGGGACAGGAAAUAAUUAAUUUGGACAAGAAAAAGUAUUCCCUGUCUUUCAUGCCGUGGAUGACAGAAAACCAGCUUUUCGAAUGGAAUGAAGCUACGAGCUAUCCUUUCUUUUGGAUUAGAUUGCUUCAAGUCCCAAUCUCUAUGCUUCCCCAUUUAAGGGGAGUAGUGAGCAAGGCGUUCGGAGCCAUCCUGCGUGUUACACCAGCGUUCUCUGACCCAGUCUCACCGGACCUUUGGACCAUUCGUUUUGAUCUGACCCCGUCGGCCAGACUUAAUUACAAAAGGAUGCUAGUCGUCGAUUUGGGGGAGUAUGGUUAUGUGGAAAUUGAAGUCGUUUGCGCGGACACGCCAUGGUGCAGUCUGUGCAAGAGGUUUUUUCACACGGACUCGGACAACGAUUGUUCGCGGAGCAGGAAGUAUAAGAAUGCAGUGGUGAAGGAGAAGGGCGCAGGGAAGGAGAAAGAGGGGUCUGUUGACAAGGGGAAAGACAAGGAGGUGAGAGUUGAUAAAGAAGAGGACCCUAAUUUUCAGGAGAAAGUUGGGGAAAAGGAAAAGGAAGUGGAAAAGCCCCCCACACAGCCCAGUCCUUCGGCCACUGAGAGGAGUAAGAUAAAGCUAAAAGCAACGAAAGCCAGACGUCAGAAGUGGAAGAAGAAGGAGAAAAGAGAUAAAAGCCCCAAGGAUAGGGAGGAGGGGAAUUCAGAAUCGGCAUCCUCCCUGAAGAAUGGGAAAGUUGAAGUUCAGGGGAAGGAGAAGGAGGGAGACGUCCCGAAGGGAGCUGAGGAAGGGGGAAUGGAAAAGACAAAGGGUGAAGAGGCGGGACAGAGUUUGGUGGAGGGCGGUACGUCGGUCACAGAAGGGUUGAAGUCAGGAAAAGAAAAGGAAAUGCAGAAGUUGAUGGAAAAGGGAGGAGCUGAUGAAGAAAGCAGCAGACAGAGAGACAACCAAGAGGCCUUGGAUGAGUUGAAAAAAGUCUUGGACACCUAUUGCGAGCUGUCAGAGGCCUCCAUCAAUUGGGAGAAAUCUGUGUUUCUUCUACCGAAAUGUUUUAACUUAGAAGUGGAGUGGGGCCUUCGGCAAAUCCCUGAUAAUGCGUCAGAAAGGUUACUCGGGGUCCAGAUAUCUCUCAGUAACUGUGAGGCUACACAAGAUUCCCUUCUACAGGAAAAAGUGGUAGCCAGAACUAAUGGCUGGGCAAGAAACCAUCAACUGUCCCUCUUUGGGAGGGAUUUAGUCUUAAGCUCAGCUGCUUUCUCAGUUCUAUGGUUCCCGCUCACAGUUCAUUUACUGGGGGAGGAAGCUUACAGGAAUAUUAAAAGAGCUGCUGCGAGAUAUUUGUGGAAACCUAUGGCUUCGGAUCAGCAAGGAUUCAUAGUAAAGGCAGCCUGGGAGUUGAUCUGUAAUACAAGAGAGAACGGAGGUUUGGGUGUCCUUGAUCCAAUGCAACAAAAUGUAGCUCUGUUGGCUAAAUGGCCGGUGGCGGCCAUGUUUGCUACGGAGGAGAAGGCUUGGAUUCAGUUUGCUGAGUAUAUCCUGAUGGAGGAAUGGUCAUUGCAGCAGAACCACCAUGUUUGGCUCUGCUUUAUGAUCCCUUCUUAUACUCGCAGGAGGCCGAAUUCUCAGCUGUGGAGAAAUAUAAUUUCGGCCUGGUCGAAGAUCCUCCCGAGGUUGGUGGAAGAACCGAGGUCGAAGGAGGAAAUCUUAAAUCAGAUCUUGUUUGAAAAUGGGUUCAUUCGGGACUCCACUUCAGAGGAACUGGCGGCGGAUGGCAGUGCUGGCUCGUUUGGCAGAGCUUGGGUGGAGCAUGGGAUUCUGCAGUUGAAAGACCUGUGGGAUUAAGAUUGGUUACCACUUGUCACAGUGAAAAAUAAGCUUCCUAGACUCAGAAGGGUAGAACAUUUCUAUAAUAAAGUUAAACAGGCUGUGCCGACACACUGGAUAAAUGCCCUUAAGAAGG